AAGUGAAAACACGCGUCAGCCUCGCAGGCCAAGUCCCGGAUCCCGAUACUACAUAUGUUCGUCGCACGCAGAGCUGUCCAAUUUAGAUCCUUAUCUCUGCAACGACUCAUGUCUACAAAGGCCUACAUUGUUCCAAUCGAUCCCCAGAAUCCUACAUCCAGUGCGGUCCCAACAGUCCAUCCAGCUGUGCUGUGGUCCAAACUACCUCCCUCUCAGAAGCCUGCAAAGGUUGGCUCCUCACAUUUGUUCUAUGGCGUCCCCGGGAACAAUGUCACUGCACUCGUUUCUCUCGGUGAGGCAUUCCCCGACAAGAAAGGGAAUGCCCGUCGAGAAGUUGUCCGCAAGGCUGUUGGCAGUGGCGUGAAGAGCGUAAAGACGCUCGGAGAGGGUGUAUCGGAAGCCGUCAUUGAUGUUUCACUCGAUCCCCAUGCUGCGGCUGUCGCUGCUCACCUAGCUUUAUAUGAUUUCACCCUCAAAACUUCCCCACCGUCGGCUUUCGAUCCACGCCCGAUGAAACCAGCGCCUGAAAAGUUCAACCUUACAGCGAGUGCAGCUUCGGCCGAAUGGGAUCGUGGUGUUAUCUAUGCAAAGGCUCAGAACUUUGCUCGGACGUUGAUGGAACUCCCCGCAAAUAUUGUUACUCCGACUGCUUUCACCGAGCGUGUAAAGGCUGAAUUCGAGGGCCUCGACAAUGUCGAAAUAAUUGUCCACGACGAAGCUUGGGCCGCCAAGAAGGGGAUGAGAACAUUCCUCUCGGUAACAAAGGGCACUGAUGAACCUGCCAAAUUCCUCGAGAUACAUUACAAGGGUGUCCCUUCACCCAAUGACCAGCCUUUGGCAUUCGUUGGCAAAGGUAUCACCUUCGAUUCAGGAGGAAUCUCCUUGAAACCCAGCUCAGGAAUGAAACUCAUGCGAGGGGAUAUGGGUGGUGCUGCGACUGUUGUCUCCUCGAUCUUAGCGAUCGCUCAACUCAAACUCCCAAUCAACGUCGUUGGCGUCACCCCCCUUUGUGAAAACAUGCCUGGUCCUAGUGCGAACAAACCUGGCGACAUUGUCUAUGCCAUGAACGGGAAAUCCGUAGAGAUUGACAACACAGACGCGGAAGGACGCCUAAUCCUUGCUGAUGCUCUCUACUAUGCAUCCACUGAGUUCAAACCACAUACCCUCAUCGACGUGGCCACUCUGACGGGGGCCAUGGAUGUAGCUCUGGGUGAGGUCUAUUCGGGGGUUUUCACUACAUCGGAUAAGCUCUGGGAGAAAUUGAGCGCGGCGGGCGAAGUAGAAUACGACCGUUUCUGGCGUAUGCCACUCGAUGAAGACUACGGACCACAGAUUUAUUCAUCCAACGCUGAUCUAUGCAACACUGGUGGCAAACCAGCUGGCUCAUGCACUGCAGCGUUGUUCCUGAAAUCUUUCGUCGAUGGUAUUGAACCCAAAGAUGGCUCUGAGCCGACCGUGCAAUGGGCGCAUCUGGAUAUUGCUGGAACAAUGGAGUUCACUCGUCCGAUACUAUACCAAGGCAAAGGGAUGACUGGUCGUCCGGUUCGGGCUUUGGUGGAAUAUGCGAGGAGCUUGUUAGCAGAUCAGGCAUGAUUAGACAUAGAUAUCCGAGAGUAUAUCCAUUGUUUUCAGCAAGUGUGCAAGUUGAAAUCUUACAUUGCGUCUGUUUGUCGUGACGAGGCACCCUCACCGCCAUUUGAUACUUCCGACUCACGGUCAGGCAUGUUUAAGCCGACAAUGAC